AUGUCACCUGUGCGUCCUGUCAACAACCUGAACACCCCCACUAAUGUCAGCAUCUCCUUCACUCUCUACGGCAUUCUAGGAGUGAAAUGGAAAAUAGAGUUUUUGAGUUGGGACCCAGUCGAGUGUGGGACCUCAUUCAUCACCCUACCAAGGUCGAAGUUCUGGGUGCCUGAUAUCGUCAUUGAUGAAUUUGUGGAUGAGAACAACGCCCCGGAGACAUACUAUGUGACUGUGCGUCACACGGGGGAGGUGCAGGAUUCUUUGCCAGUGGAAGUCAUCAGUUCCUGCAAUCUGGACAUCUUAAAGUUCCCCUUCGACAUACAGAACUGCUCCUACACCUUCAACUCCUGGAUACACCAUGCUGAUGAAAUCCAGCUAUCAUAUGAAAAGCAGGUGGAGGAAAUGGUCAACCUGUCCAAAGCGGUCAUGACCACAGAGGGGGAAUGGGAAUUCUUAGGCAUGACGGCCUACACGCAUACAUUAACCAACUUUGAUGAGAGCACACGUGAUCAGAUCACCUACUUUAUUGCCCUCAGACGGCAGCCAACCAUGUAUGUGGUGAACCUGAUCAUCCCCAGCUGUUUCCUCAUCACACUGGACCUGUUCAGCUUCAUCCUGCCCCCACAGAGCGUGGACCGAUCCGCCUUCAAGAUGACCCUCAUUCUGGGCUACACCGUCUUCCUGCUCCUCAUGAACGAUCUGCUGCCCGUCACUGGAAACUCCAUUCCACUCAUCAAUGUGUUUUUCUCCUUGUGUCUCGCGCUGAUGGUGGGCAGUCUGCUGGAGACCAUCCUCAUCACUAACAUGCUAUGUGGCUCCAUCCGUGACCUCCCAAUGCCCAACUGGAUAAGAGUGCUUUUCCUCAAAUACCUCGCACGACUAGUCUGCAUGGGAAAGAGCAAACGCGUUGAAAAUCAGACAGGCCGCGGUGGGAACCCUUUUGUGCCUUAUGAGGGGGAGAAACAGCAGGGGACAGGAGAGUCUAAAGAGCCCCAGACUACAGACGCCAGCCUGCUGGAGCUAAAGCGCCUGAGAGACGACCUACGAGCCAUUCAAAGACAGCUGGAGAAAUCCGACACAACAAACCAAACCGAAGAGGACUGGUUUUACAUUGGGCUGGUCAUAGACCGCAUCGUAUUUGGCAUCUAUUUCAUCUUUUUCUUCUGCAGUUCCAUUGGUAUAUUGGUUAUAUGGAUUUCCUUCUACUCUGUCGGCCAUGUUGAGGGGCACUGA